AUGGCCUACGAAAGAAACACUGCAGAAGGUAUCCGGCUAUGGCUCACAGCUGAAGUUAGUUCUCCUGGUUGGAACAGCGCAUCUAUCGCCAAAGGUCUUACAGAAGACGUUGUCACUAUGAUCACACCCAAUUUCAGCCAAUUUGACAGUAGAGUAAAGCAAGGCGUCUUGUUAGCGACCAUAUGUAUGCGAAAAGGCGAUCUAAUGCUUCUUGGUGACAAUUUAAACAAGAUCAUUGAACUAUCAUUGCACGACUCGGACGACUUUGUACAAACAACAGCUCACAUUCUCAAGGACUACCCCAGCGCUCAAUCGUUUGAUCUCAACAUUGAUGCAUGGUCUCAAAGCUUUAGAACCUUGAUGCAAAGCAUUGGCUCUACUGUUGAAAAGAACGGUAUCAACUUUCAUCCACCAGAAGACAUGUUGUUACAACACAAUGCGAGAAUCACGCCCAAGCACGCUUCACCUACGUAUACCGACCGCAAAUCUACGCAUGCUCAGCAUUUCACAUUAACCACCAACGCCAGUGACAUUAUCUCGGCAGAGGCAAGACAUGCUCGCUUCAGUGAACUGGUUGAAUCCGAGGAACGCUCCGAAAUAGCUGAAGCUCAACAAGCUCAAGUAUUAUCACAAAAGAGAGCAGGUGCAGAGUUGAGUAGUAAAGCCAAACGUCUCGCAUCGCCUACUUCCACCACACCCAAUCCCUUCCCAUUCCCAGCACAGCAUUCAGCUCAAAAUCCAAUUGCUCUUCCUGGUGCUGGUAGAUCUCGUACAAUUCCUCCUCCUAGAAGCGCUUCCAUGGGGUCCGUUGGCGCGUCUUCUUCCUUGUUCACAAAACGUCCUGCAAGACCCACCGGUGCUGGUCCAGGUGCUGCUGGCAAUAGUCUCUUUAUCAAAUCAAACAGACCUGCUGCUUCGGGCCAGCGACCCAUGCCAAGAUCCAGCACAACCAAUUCAAUGUCAGGCAGUAACUUGCCAAGAGGUCUGCAAAAGGUUCAAAAGACGCAAAUGCUGGAUUUCAGUGCUGCGACCGCCAUUCAAGAAAACGCUGCUUCUGAACUAAAGAAGGUGGAAGAGGAUAAGAAAGCUAAAGCUGAAGCAAAGAAGCAAGAAGCACUGGAAAAGAAGAAGCGUGCUGCUGAAGAGAAGCGCGAAAAAGAGGAGCAGAAGAAGGCACAGAGGGCAGCAGCUCUGGCAGCAAAACAAGCAGCUCAAGCAGCCAAGGAAGCUGCUGCUAGAGAAGCGAAAGAAGCCAAAGAGGCAGCAGCGAGAGAGGCAAAAGAAGCCAAGACAGCAGCAGCACAGGCUGAAGACGGUCUUACAUCCCCUACCUCUGCACCCACAUCACCAAAGACGCCCACCUCAUCGCUGUCUCCACAAAUCAAGCAUGAACAUGUCUUUGCUAUCCCAGCCUUACCUGUUCAUCAUGCUCAACAACAGCAACAGCAGCAGCAGCAACAACAGCAACCACCACAACCCGAUGGAAAAUUUGCCACCUUUUAA